CUCAGAGCCUCCCUUCAGGUUGAAUUGCAAUCACUCGCCGUCGGACUUGAGUUGCCCACACGUCAUCGUCGACAUAGCAUUGUCAUCGACGGUUGCGUCCUCCAGCUCCUCAUCUGGCCCUUGGGCUCCCUAUCCGCGACAAUGGCCGCUUCAUUUGCCAGGGCCGCAGGGUGGCACUCGGCCAAGCGACUGUGUCUUCGACCUUCGAUUCAAGCUGCACAAAGACAGUCGCCGCUCAUCUCUCGCACCCUAUGCAAUACGUCGAAGCUGAACGCGACUCCUACCGGCCCAGAAGGAAUGGCCACCACCACCCUCACUCCCACCGACCCUACCUUCGGUUCUCAGUUCGUCCAACAAAACUCCAAUUUGAUCAAUAAAGCUCCAGACACAAACCUCGGAGAUGAUUACGAGUCGAGGAGCGUCCGCCACUACACUGUCAACUUCGGACCCCAGCACCCUGCUGCUCACGGAGUGUUGCGUUUGAUUCUCGAGCUCAAUGGUGAAGAGAUCGUUCGAUCAGAUCCCCACGUUGGACUGCUCCAUCGCGGCACGGAAAAGCUCAUCGAAUACAAGACAUACCUACAAGCUCUUCCAUACUUUGACCGUUUCGACUACGUCUCGAUGAUGACCAAUGAGCAGUGUUUCUCUUUGGCCGUCGAGAAGCUCCUCAAUAUUGAAAUUCCGGAGCGAGCAAAAUAUAUCCGGACAUUGUUUGCAGAGAUUACCCGAAUUCUAAACCACCUUAUGUCGAUUCUGUCACACGCCAUGGAUGUUGGUGCAUUGACACCUUUCUUGUGGGGUUUCGAAGAACGAGAGAAGCUGAUGGAAUUCUAUGAGAGAGUGUCUGGUGCUCGACUCCACGCAGCCUAUGUGCGACCUGGUGGUGUCAAAGCCGAUCUACCCCUGGGCCUGUUGGAUGACAUAUAUGCAUGGGCCACCCAAUUUGGAGAUCGCAUCGAUGAGACCGAGGAGUUGUUGACCGACAAUCGAAUCUGGAUCGGACGGACCAAGGGUAUCGGCGUCGUCACUGCUGCCGAAGCUCUGAACUACUCUUUCUCCGGCGUCAUGCUUCGAGGCUCUGGUGUCCCUUGGGACAUUCGCAAGAGCCAACCUUAUGACGCUUAUGAUAAGGUCGAGUUUGAUGUGCCGGUGGGCCAAUAUGGUGACUGCUAUGACCGAUAUUUGUGCCGCAUGGAAGAAUUCCGACAAUCUUUGCGCAUCAUCUUCCAGUGUCUGAAUCAAAUGCCCGCUGGUCCAGUCAAGGUUGAGGACUACAAGAUUGCCCCUCCCCCACGAGCAGCAAUGAAAGAGAACAUGGAGGCUUUGAUUCACCACUUCUUGCUCUUCACCAAAGGCUACACAGUCCCUCCUGGUGACACAUACAGCGCCAUCGAAGCUCCUAAAGGAGAAAUGGGAGUCUACCUUGUCAGCGACGGCAGUGAGCGACCUUACCGAUGUAAGGUUCGAGCUCCAGGGUUUGCACAUCUGGGAUGUUUCGAUCAGAUCAGUCGAGGCCAUCUGUUGGCUGACGCAGUUGCAAUCAUCGGCACGAUGGAUUUAGUCUUCGGAGAAGUGGACCGCUAGGCCUGUGAAUAGAGGCUUGUCAGGCUCGCUGAAGCCAGGAAAAAUGAUAUUUUGAGCUCAGAUAGUUGUUUUGUAACUGAGUUGUCCCAGCAAGGGUGAAGCAUCCCUGAAAAUGUAAGCCUUACACGUGACUUCCGUUUCGAGGGUGGUGC